GCAGAAUUUUUGCAGUAAAAAAACAAUCGAACGCUGCUUGGUUCUCCAUAUACACAGACCCAUUAGCGCUAAUCGCCCAUUAGCAAUUCAUGGGUAUAUCUAAACCCAUCAUGCUGAUUAGUAGCCGACAAAAUGCGCACCCAAGCGUACAGAAAGCGAUGGUACGUCCUGCUGGUCUUCGUUUACUAUUCGUGCAUCAAUGCCAUUCAAAUGACUGAAUACUCCAGCAUAACGGAAACAGUUGCCGGCUACUACCAGGUGACCAACUUUAGUGUCAACUGGACCUCGUUGCUCCAUAUGGUGCUCUAUCCCUUCCUCAUGGCCCCCGCCGCCUGGAUAAUGCAAAGAUUUGGGCUUCGCCUGGCCUACUGCUGUGGCUGCCUGGGCACCGCCAUAGGGAUUUUUGUCAAAUUCCUCGCGAUCUCCAGACAGGGAUUUUGCUGGCUACUAUUGGGGCAGGGCCUCACGGCAGCCUCCUCUGUAUUUAUCAUGUGCUUGCCCCCCAAAAUUGCCGCCGUUUGGUUCACUCCCAGCAAGAUUUCCACCGCCUGCUCCUUAGGCACCAUGGGGCCUAAUCUAGGCAACGCGCUCGGCUAUGUGCUAGCUGUCACCAUAGUUCCCAAUAAUCCCGACCCAGAAGAAGUGGGCAGAGGCCUCAAAACGCUCAACAUUGUCUCAGCUGCGCUAAUUACACCGGCCUGUCUAGCAGUGGUUUUCUACCUCCCCAGCAAGCCCCCACAGACCCCCACCGAGCAACAAAGCAGCCCCCAACUGCUUCCCACUCAGACCAGGCGGGUGAAGUACUCAAAGGGAUUUCUGCUGCACUUGCUGGCCUAUUCGCUGAACCUGGGGGUGUUCUCCACCGGGAUGAUCCUUCUGAGCGAGCUGGUGGUUUCUUACUUCAAAGGCGCCAUGCAAGCCGCCGGCUGGAUGGGGUUUUGCAUGAUGAUCUCCGGUCUUCUCGGAUCGGUGAUUUUUGGAGUUUAUCUCGAUAGAACCCAUCAGUAUAAGGUGGCUUGUGUUGCAACAUCACUGGGUUCCGCCUCGAGCAUCCUGCUGCUUUUGCUGGCCCUUCAUCAGCGCUCCCUGGGAUUCUCCUUUUUUCUUUGCGGUCUCUUCGGAGUGUUUGCCAACCCGAUCAUUCCAGUGGGGUACGAGCUGGGCAUCGAGUUGAGCUACCCUAGCGACGAGAGUACAGUGGCGGGGCUGCUUUUUGCAGCCUCCCAAGUGGCCAGCGUUUUGUUGGCGAUCAGCAUCGCUCAGGUGAACAACUACUGGGGGGCUGCGUCAGCUCUUCUGAGCAUGGGGGCUUUGUUUUCGCUUGGCGCACUUUUGGAAUCUUUAGUUCCCCCAAGGUUCGGUCGGCUGGAGGCGCUGCAGGAGCAAUAAAUUCCCAUUGCGGCUUU